AUGCGUGUGCAAGCAAGUCCCUUCGUAACCCGCAAGCACCAUAUUCCGGAUCCUUGCGACGAUGGCGAUGGCUAUUGCUGGGUAAGUGUUAUACUCCUACCGGACGCAAGGAAUGGCACCCAUAGUGACGAAGCAAUUAUGUUGUUUGUAAUUCGGAAGUGUAAAGAUGGCCAAACCGCCAUGACCCACCAGCCACUGCAUGGGUUGGGGGACCACUGUAUCUCGUUGCCAGUCAAGUGGAAUACACCUAGGCAAAACCUGCGUACAGUUCGGCAUCAGGCUGCUGUUCUCGCCUCAUGGUGGCUUGUCCAAGUUCGUCAAAACAGGGUUACCCUCGACCAGGAGAUGAUUUUUGAUAACCGCACCAUGGGGGAGUUCAAAAACAUGUUGGAUGUGAUCCCUCAUGAGUGGGAAAAUCCCGAGUAUUCUGGUUGA